GUACAAGCUCUGAGGCAAACGCGAACGUACGAGUAUGUGUUAGCUUCGUACAUUUAUCCGCAAAUAAUAUUUAUGGUGUCAGUAUGUAAUUCGGUGCGCAUGCACUGGUUUAGGUAAUAGCUAUGUGUCACGAUACUUUUUAAAGUGAAAACCAUAUUUACUAGUGUGUGUAAAGGAAGCAGUGACGUGAAAAGAUUUUGAUGGUACAUGAACGAAACUACUGGUGAUAAUAUGAGGAAAGAGGACAACCGCGGAUGAGUCUGCAGCGAGACUCGGGCAGCUGAGGGCCUGGGCGGCCUGAUGGCGAGAAGAGCGCUGCGCACGCUGCUUGUCACCGCGGCGCUGGCGGCGCUCGCGGGAGCGCACGCCGCGCGCUUCGGAGACCGUCUCGCGCCGCGCGUGCCUGCUGCGUACUCACCGCGCAACGCGCCCUCCGCACAACACUAUGUCGAGAAUGAAUACGACGAUGUCUACGAGCAAGACUACGAGGAACAGAACCUUUCCGUCGAGGAAGAGGAGCCGCCGGAGCCGGAAUCGGAUACUCCGCUGCGCCGCCCCGCGCGUACUGAAGCUCACCGCCUGGAAAUGAGCACUGAGUACUUUGUUAUACCAGAACGUCUUUCAUCGCCAACGCCACCUUCAACAUCAACAACUUCUGCUCCUGAACCACAGCCGAACGUGUCCGUCGUACUGUCGCCGACGCCUCAUAUCUUAAGUGCUCUUAGACCAGAGUCUUGGGCUGUGCCAAUAUUAGCCCUCGCCUGCGUCAGCAUGGUGACUCUCGGCGGGUUUGAGGCCUUUGUGAUAUGGGGAGCGAGUCGCAAGGCGCCAAGCCAUCGCCACCUGUUACUAGGACAGACUUUGCUGUUCGGGCUGUUCUCGUGCGCUGCUACGGCGGCACUCUUUGCAACUACGCCGACUGCGUUCACGUGCGGUGCUGUUCGAUUUGGAACAGGUGUAGCCUAUGUAAUAGUAUUCGCUUCACUGUUAGUAAAAUGUGUGUUUUUGCUUAGUUUGAACGGUGGAGUGUAUUUACCAGCGGCGUAUCAAGGACUUCUAUUAUUUUUCGCUGUAAUGAUCCAAGUAGCCAUCGGAGCCCAGUGGCUCGGUGGCUCUCCUCCGCGAGUGAUAAGUGGUGGCGGCCGAUGUGACGUGCACAUGUCAGACAUGCUGCUCUCGCUGUGUUACGCGGCGUUCUUGAUCGCAGUAGUGUGUGGGGUGGCGCUGCGCUCGCGCGGUAUUCGCGAUAAUUACCGGGAGGCGACGCACAUCGCGGGUGCGGGGGGUGCCACCGCUGCAGUCUGGGUGUGCUGGGUGGCAGCGGCACUGGGAGCACCCGAGCGACACCGCGACGCUUGCGUGGCUGCAGGACUGCUGGCGACAUGUGCAGUUGUGUUUGCCCUUAUGUUUGCGCCGAAAGGUCGGCGUUUAGCAGCGUUGGGCCGCGAAGGCAGAUGGGACGCAGACCGCGACGAGGGCCUCAGCUCCCUGGGAGCUGGUGGUUCUGGCUACUCACCCUCCUUCUUCCACUUCAAGCCGGUGAAGUACGGCAUGGUGUCGGCGGCGGCGCCGGCGCCCGGGCCGCCCCCUGUGUUGGACCGUAAAGAGCCGCCCGCUCAGCCAGCCGAUCCGUACGGAGGCCUGUUCGCGAACUCGUCGCACCCGCACUCACGCGUCCUGUACUCUCCGCCGCACUACACCAUGCACCCUCUAAUGCUAAACUAUCACUACAAUUACCCGCCCUAUCCUUACUUGCUGCCGCCAGGCGUGAUGGUGCGUCCGGAGGAGGGCAACGUGUACACGAGCGUGGAGCCCACCUUCAGCAGCAACCCCAACGUGUACUUCCAGCGCACGGAGCCGUUGCACGUCGGCAUGAUGUACUGAGCCACUGACAAACCACAAGUUCCGAAGCGAACACUGGGAUUUGCAGCGCGACGCCAUUGUCACUUGCCACCCGGCAAUCUGUGACACGAUUUGUGUGAAGAUUGUUGCUGCUGUUGCAUUAAGUAUUUCUACAGGCAUUUCUAUUAGCUUGACAAAAUUAUGUUAUUAUAUAAUAAAUAAGCAAUUAAAAUACUCAAAAGUCAUACUAACACCAUCAGUACAUAAAAAACUAGAUUCAAAUCUAUGAGAAGGAAUUAUUUUCUAGUCAAUCGGAAGUACAUUUGUAAUGAGCUAUGAAAUAAAAAUGUAAAUAUUUCAUGCAGCAGUAGUAACCACAUACUGUUUAAAUGUGACAUUUAAGGAUUGUGUGAAACAAAAGCUGUUUGUGAUUUUAAACUCUAUUACCCACCCUGAACAAUAUGAAGAACAGCUGUUAGAAUAAAAUUAGAUAUAUACUACUAAGUGUAGAGAAAACCAUAUAAUUGUAAGUUUCUCUUAUGAAAAUUGUAAAUAAAACUAAAGACUGUUUUAAA